AGCCAGAUGAUUACAUUUCUGAAGUAUGUAAGGCAUGCCUCAAUUUACAAUGGCUAAGUUAUGAAAAUAGUGGGUCACAUAUAUUUAACAAUGAAAAUCUAGAAGCACUUCUAAUUGAGUACCCCAAUUUAAAAAGACUUAUGAUAAGAGGUUCUAGACGCAUAAGCCCAAAAACAUUUUUAAAAAUUUCAGGGCUGGCUCCUAGUUUAGGAACGAUAGAAUUAGGAGAUGUUUACAGAUUGGAAAGAAUAUAA